AUGUCUGACAACAGAGCAUUCAGUGUGCCGGAAGGUGAGGUGGCCCGCGUCCGGAUAAUCGACACGACUACCAGUAUCAAGACUCUGGAGACACAUCACAUCAUGGGACCACCGAUGCCUGGUAUGCACCUAAUGCCAGAAAUCCCUGGAUGGUCUUUUCUCGUUGAGAGCACAAAUGGUCGCAAGGCACUCUUUGAUCUUGGUGUGCCACCCAACUGGCAGGACUUUUCACCUUGGGUUAUGAAAAAUGUGCACCUGGACGGCUGGAGCUGGCAGAUCUCAUCAGAGAAACACGUUUCAGAAAUUUUGGCCGAGGAGGGGAUUGAUCCGGCUCAGAUCACUGAUAUUAUUUGGAGCCAUUGGCACUGGGAUCACAUUGGUGAUCCAUCCAAGUUUCCGACUUCCACACGAUUGAUUGUUGGUCCUGGGUUCAAGGAGAAUUUUCUCCCCGGUUAUCCCGCAAAUGAAGACUCCCCAGUGAGGGAGAGCGAUUUUGAGGGUCGAAAACUCCAAGAGAUUACAUUCGAAGAAUCGAAGAAUGCCCUUCAUAUUGGUGAAUUUCGUGCCUUUGAUCUGUUCGAUAAUGGUUCAUUCUACCUACUCGACACUCCAGGUCACGCAAUCGGUCACUUGGCAGGUCUUGCACGUACCACCACGAACACAUUUAUCAUGAUGGGUGGAGAUUUGUGCCAUCAUGGAGGUGCAAUACGUCCUUCUCAAUACGCAAGUCUGCCAAAGGAAAUUCAUCUCGAUGCUUUCAGUCAAUUUAGGGGCGGGUUCUGCCCAGGUGCGAAGUUUGAAGCCUUGCAAGAGAGGCGAGGGAGGCGGCCUGAUCAACCGUUCUUUGAACCGACUUUUGGCACGGACAUCCCACAGGCCAUAGACACCAUCAGCAAAACUCAAUCGCCGGACGCAGAUGAAAAUGUUUUGUUCAUUUAUGCACACGAUUCUAGUAUCAAGGGCGUUGUAGACAUGUUUCCUGCUGAAGUGAAUGACUGGAAGGCAAAAGGGUGGCGGGAAAAGGUGCAUUGGAGGUUUCUCGAAGACUUCAAAUAUGCGCUAAGCGACUAG